AUGAGCUCGAGCCAGUAUCCCGUUCCUCCCCCGUCCUACGGCACCGCUGGGCCCAACAAGCAAUACAGGAAUGAAGCGAAUGAGCCGCUUCUUGCGGGGCAGCGCUCCCCAGGUGGAGGCAUCUACGACCAGCCAGAAGCUGGCGACGUUCCGGACGAUUUCAAGUAUGGUGCAACUGUCUCAGAAAGCGCGCCCGAGAUCCGGAGUGCAUUCGUGAGGAAGGUGUACAUCAUCCUGUUCUUCCAGAUUCUUGCGACUACCAUCGUCGCUGGUGGCCUCUCCCAGUCCUUCACCGCGGUGAUGUGGGUUCAAGAGCACCAGUGGGCGUUUUACGUCCCCCUCUUCGGCACGCUUGUCAACCUUGGUCUACUCUACUGGAAGCGUCACAGCCACCCUUAUAAUCUUGUCCUACUCUCGACUUUCACGCUUCUCGAGGCAUUCACUCUCGGCAUCGUUACCGCGUUCUUCGACAACAUCAUCGUCCUACAGGCGCUGCUUAUCACUCUCGGUGUGUUCCUUGGGUUGACGCUGUUUACACUGCAGUCCAAGUAUGACUUCUCCGGUCUCGGUCCCUGGCUCUUCGGCGGUCUUGUCGCUCUCAUGAUGACCGGCAUGGUCGGGAUCUUCAUCCCAUUCAGCAACACGAUCGACAUCAUCUAUGCCGCAGGCGGGUGCCUCAUCUUCAGCGGUUACAUUGUCUAUGACACGUAUGUCAUCAACCGUCGGCUCUCGCCCGACGAAUAUAUUCUCGGCUCGAUUAGCCUUUACCUUGACUUCAUUAACCUCUUUAUCAACAUUCUGCGUCUGCUCAAUGACCUGCAGGAGCGGUGA